UUGAUCCAGGGCGGUUGAGCAAAACUUUUACGAAUAAACUCAACGCCAGGAAAGAUUACAGCGAGUUUGUGGAAAGCGCAGAGCAGCCAGUGAGGCAUUGGGUUGAAAUUCACUGCCAUACCUCAUUCGACAGCGUUUGAUUAGAUAUCCUUGACAAAAGGAUCUGAAGAUCACCAAGUGCCUAGUCCAGAGUACCAGUGACAAUAAAUCAUCAUCAUUCAUCCUCAUCAUUCAUUUACUACUGCUCAGACCCACCGAAAGUUUCUUCUGAUAACCUUGAAUUAGGAUUUACUGAACUACUGAAAAUGGAGAUGAAUCCAACAGAAGAAGAAAAUGAAAAUCUGAAUGAAGUGAGGAACAGAGAAUCACAACAAUGUUGUGCGUGGUGUCAAAAGGUGCAUACAACAGUGUCUAAUUGGAUGCUCCCUGAAGACAUGAGAAGUCGCUAUUUGGAAAGGGCAACUUGCUUUCCUCCACCGAUCUUCAUUAUCUCUAUAAGUUUGGCUGAGCUGGCUAUUUUUAUUUACUAUGCAGUCUGGAAGCCUCAGAAGCAAUGGAUUACCUUGGACACAGGGGUAUUGGAAAGUCCAUUCAUAUAUAGGCCAGACAAAAGACAGGAAGCUUGGAGAUUUGUUUCAUACAUGCUAGUGCAUGCUGGUGUCCAGCACAUUAUAGGGAACCUAGUUAUGCAACUUAUUCUGGGAAUUCCAUUAGAGUUGGUUCACAAAGGUCAUCGGGUUGGGCUGGUCUAUCUUGCAGGGGUAAUUGCAGGCUCAUUGGCUAGCUCAAUAUUUGAUCCAAUGCUUCAACUAGUUGGAGCUUCAGGUGGAGGCUAUGCUCUAAUGGGAGGCUACUUUAUGAAUGCAUUAGUGAACUUUAGACAAAUGGUGCCACUAUUCGGUGUUUUCAGAUUAGCUUUUAUUCUGAUCAUAGUGGGUACUGAUAUGGGGUUUGCCUUAUACAGAAGGUUCCUUGUUGGAGGAGAUGGUUUGCGUGUAUCAUUUGUGGCUCACAUUGCAGGCGGUCUAGCUGGAAUGACCAUUGGCUAUGUGGUUUUCAGCUGCUACAAUCAGAAACUCUUAAAGGAUCCCAGAUUUUGGGCUUCGAUAUUAGCAUAUGUUUCAUGUGUGGUGUUUGCCAUCAUAUUCAACAUCUUCCUGUCUCCUGCUACUUAAACAAUAGAGCCGGAAUAGCUUGGUCAUACGCUUUUUAAAAUGUACAGUAAUGCAGACAGAUUAUUCAUCAAACAGUCAUGACAAGGAACACCUUGUCGCUCUUUAAGGGCAGUGGAACAAACAUUUCCGCAAACAAUGUAGUGAUUUAUUUUUCACCCUUUAACACUGGCAGUGUUUGUAGAGUUGACUUUAAUGAAUCAUCAUCUCUUAACAACUUGUGCUUUGCCUUGAAUAUAGAGAAAGAGAAGAAUAUAUAGAGAAUUGAUGGCCUUUUUUGAUAAGUUACAUAGUACAAUGUUACAAUAUGCGACCUUCUUACAGCUUGUCCUUUUUUUUGUUAUGUUGAAGUAUUGUAAAGUUUUAUUGAUCCCAGUGCUGAAAUUACAAUCUUUAGUGUACUUACAUGUUCACACUUUUGAAUGGAUGAGCAGCAGACUGAAUGAUACACCCCAGGCCUGAUUUUCAAUCCCAAGUUAGAUAUGAAAGAGAAUCUAGCUCAGCAAAUCCCACCUUUCAAAAUGGCCAGCCAUAAUUCUGAUGUUCAGUCCAGGGAGUUGGAUGGAUUGGGAGUUGCACUGAGUGACCUAGGUGAAUCUCAGAGGCUGUGUUGCUUUAUGCCCAUCUCCUCAUCGUCUUGGCUCCUCAUACCCCUCGUGCCAUUCAAUGCCUAUCUAUCCAUCUCUCAAAGUUGGUGAAAUCUGUGUUCAUUAACACAUUCCCCUUUUGACCUUGUAUUGCCCCUAUGCCAUCCUAUUGUCCUCUAUCCAUCUCCCACAGUCUCUUCAAGUUUAUGUGCCCCCAUGUCACUGAUCAUUCCAAUGGCUAUUAAAGCCCCUUUGCCAACUCAUGACAACUCACAUCUCCCACUAUCCACCUUUUAUCUUUCCUUCUGUGAAAAAACUAAUAAAAAAAAUCUUGUACUGUAACAUUCAAUGGCAUGCAGUUGCAAGAUGCGAGCUGCUAGCUAUGGAUAAAAAUACAAGGACACAAAACUGUAAGUUGUCAGUUCCCAAGAAGGGAUACCACAGGCUUUAGGCCUUGACACUUUAAACAAUACAUGGGAAGACAUAUGGGAUCACCAUACCGAUUGCUGUAGGAGUUAACUUGCCUGCAAGAUAGCAAAGAAGGUUAAUGCUCACAGCUCCGCAAAGGGGUUGUUUAUCCAUUGAACAUUUGUGCCUUGACAGAUGUCAUUAAAAUACCAGGGACAUCAUUAAAAUACCAGGGAAUAUGAUUGAUAUUUAAAAGCCAGACAUAAACUAUCAUGUUAAGAACAAAUUAUAGCCUGUAUUACAAUUUAACCUGAUUCUGUAGUAUAUACAUGCCUUCACACUAAUUGUAUAUUACGAUUAGACAGGGGUACCUAUAUAGGGAUUGGUUAGUUGUACUUAUAUGCUAUGCAUGAUGCCAACCUAAUCAAUAGUAACAUCUGAAUUUAGAUAAUUCUACACCUCUUAAUUGCUAAAUGUUAAAUUCUUGUAACUGAAUUCAAAAAUAUAACUGACUCUGUAAUCCUUUGUUCCAGGUCUCCAUUGUGUUAGGUUCAGAUACUCUUUACACCUUGCUUUAGCAAGCAAUAAUGGUUGUUUUAAACGCUCGGAAAAUCUCCGUCUACUCAGUCUCUGCAGAUAAGGGUCAGAGGAUAGCAAGGCAACUAUUAAAUCCUGAAAACUCCCACAACAUUACCAAUGCCAACUAACCUAGUAUGGGUAAAACUCAGGAGUUAUGAAGAUAGUGUCUGUUAAAGAUCUCACUAUUAGAAAAAAAACUGCUUUUACUGAUUUGAGAAUAAUGUCAAUAUACUGAAAUUCCUUCAACCAAUCCCUUACUGUCAACAAACAUUUCCAUUCAAUAAGCAGUUGGAACUGUCCAUCAAACUGUUCAUUUGUUAGACACCCCAUUGUAAAAAUGGUAGUUUGGGAAAGCAGCACAAACUUGUAAUAAUUUUGUGUUAACAGGCACACUGAAAUACUUGCAGCUUUUUUUUCACUCCUCACUUCUUUUUUAGGAAGUUCCUUGAAAACCCAAGCAAUCCCAAUUAAUUUAUGAACUGUUUAUGCAUAAGUGUACGUUUUCAAAAUCACAAAGGAUGCCUUAUCCUCUUCAAUGGGUGGCUUGCCUCCACCAAAGGAAUCUUGGGACCACAUCCAAAGGUGUACCUUACCUCUCAAAAGGGGAAAAGAUAUAAAACUUUCUUUCAGUCCUCACUCCAUUCUCUUUUAACAUACACACUCUCCAUGCACCACCCAAGCCAAAAUGAACACUACACUCUAUUUAGUAAAGCACUUUCAUUCACAAGAACACAUUUUGAUACUUUUUGAUAAGGAAAUCAAGAUUUAUCUACACACUCAAGGUUCUAGAUUCCAAAAUCCAACUUCAAUGGAGGCAGCUGGUAACUUAAAUGGCCCGUUGAUCUAUUGAUCAGCCCCAAUCCUGCCCCUGUGAAAAUGGGAAACACUGAGUUCGAGGAAUGGACUUGAGAUUCCUGAUGUCUUCUGGCAUUUUCGCCACAACGGAGACACAUUCCAACAGAAUGAAAAUUAGGUCCCAGUGUGACCAGAUUGGACGAAUUGAAUUUAAUAAAGUAAAUAUCGCAAAUUUGUCCGGAUUUUCGUGUAAAACUAUCAGUCACUUUUUUCAGACAGACUGCAUCUUUAAACUUUUACAAUACUAUUUCCUGAACGACCAUCGUUGUCCAACAAUUUUUCCUCUUAAUGCUGUUCCAGUAUUAUGUUUAUUUGUAUUAUCUCAAUAUAUACUAUAGGAAUUGAUAGCUUGAAUCUCAGGUUUCAGCACAUGCAUUCAUCAUGCUUUUGCAGAUAACAGUUUACUGAAUUUGCUAACUUUAUUAAUUUUAUUUGUCUAAUUUUAACCUUUUAAAAUUUGAAGUAUAACAAUUCAAGGUAAAUCGUUAUUACAUUGUUGUGAACUUGAAUUUAGAGUUUGUUUUUUAAUUUUAAAGGGUUUUUGUAUACUUUUGUUGUUAAACAUUUAAUGGAAAAAGAAUUCUGCUCAGCCACUUAGGACUUGCAUUUUAACCUAUUUUCAUCUGUCUGUGUCAUCACAGUUUCUCCAAAUGGUCCGGUGUUCCGAUCACUUGGGCCAAAUUUGUGAUGUAAUUUUCCAUUUGCCAUUUCUUUUCCUGUUAGACCGGACAGAGCCAUUUUUAUUUUUGUUUUCAAACUAAGUCUGCUCCAGUCCAGAUUCUCUUCUUACUGUCUGUGUACUACUAAAAGCAUUUGAUUAAUUUUGUAAUCAUUUUAAUGCAAUUUUUUGUACAUUGAGAUAUGAAAUAAUAUUCAAAUAAUUGAUUACAUGUACAUGUUUUGUUAGUAAAUAAAUCUAACUACCAUGGGACGAUGUUCCCUGAAUGUUAAA